AUGUCGCAGACGGUUGGAAAGACCCGUCUUGCCUACUCUCGAGCAUGGCACUAUGUCGAUGCCGGCUCUGACCCUCGUUCCCUCGGCCGUCUGGCCUCAUCUAUUGCCCUCGUCCUCAUGGGCAAGCACAAGCCGAUCUAUGAUCCCUCGACAGAUUGCGGUGACUACGUGGUCGUCGCCGGCUGCCACGACCUCCGGACAACUGGCAAGAAGCGUUUCCAGAAGAUGUACUAUUCCCACACGACUCGCCCGGGUAGCUUGAAGAGCAUGACUAUGGAUCAGAUGUUUGCGAAGUGGGGUGGUGGUGAAGUCCUGCGCCGCGCAGUCAAGGGCAUGUUGCCCAAGAACCGGCUGCAGGAGCCGCGGUUGGCUCGUCUGAAGACUUUCGAAGGUCUCGCGCAUCCUUACAAGGAGAACAUUGUCAAGUUCGGCAACAAGUCCGUCCUGGGCCAGCCCGAGGUCCAAGCUGCCUUCAAGGAGGAGGCCAAGCCAUCGGCAUAG